ACAAAGAAAACCUGUAAACAUAAAACCUAGUAAUCUACAAACGAAAAACAAAAAUCUUCAUCACGAGACUAAAAAUGGCUUCAACCAAAAGGCUCCAACCACCAUUAUCAUCAUCAGCAGCUCUUCCGCCGCCAAAGAUCAACGUCCAGAAAUUCUCAGAAUCGCGAGCCGCCGAGCUCGAGUCUCUCCACUCCAUCGUCGCCGAUCGCUUGCACGGCGAUUUCCGGUCCAAUCGAGGCAAGAGGCGCCGGACCACCGCAUUCGACAGCAAAGCCGCUCGGAGACGACGCAAAAGGCAGCGAAACGACAUUUCGAAGAAGAAGAACGAUGACGGCGACGACAUUAGAGUUCCUCGUCGUAUUCGAAGGAGAGCUCAACUUAGGAUGAAUCCGGAGAGGGGCUUUUCUACUGCGGGAGACGGGACGAAGAGGCUCAGAACCCACGUUUGGCAUGCGAAGAGAUUCACCAUGACCAAGCUCUGGGGUUAUUACCUUCCUCUUGGUCUUCACGGCAGAGGAAGGGGUUCUAGAGCUCUGUUGAAGUGGUUCAGAGAUGGAGUUAUCGUCCAUGAUGCAAGCUACCAUGUUGCUCUCCAAUUAGAGGGUCCAGAGGACUCGUUAUUGUCAAUUCUAAGGAUGGUGCUUGAGCCUUCCCCAUCCGCACGUUCCAGUGGCAUUUCUAAUUCUGUCAUAUCCGGUGCUGUCUAUGAGAAUGCCAUGCUUCAUCAUAUUGGUGCACCAGUUUCAAAACCUAUCGCUCCUGUGACGUACAUGUGGCGACCUUGCUGCUUGCUGGACGAGCACAAAGAUGUUGUUGGCAUUGAUGAUCAAGGAUUUAAGAAAGCAGAGAGUACAGAGUCUCGUUCUUGUUUUCGCCAACUUUGGGUGUGGAUACACGCUUCAGCUUUUAAUGAAGGAUAUGGUGCUCUGAAGUUUGCUUGCCAGAAUGAGAUGGUCGAGAGGGGUGUCUCAGUUAAUUGUUUUUCACUUGAGGGACAACUUGCAAAGUUGGAAGUAAUGGGAUCAAAUGCAUUUAAACUUCUUCAAAAGACGUUAUCUAUUACUUGGAUUUUGGAGGAUUCUUUGCAAAGGGGGAAACGUUCAGUUGCUGAAGCUGAUGAUGAUUCUCAACUCAAGAAAUUUUCUGUACUUGACAAUGAGGAUCUCAUAGCUUCAAAAGCAGUCUUAUCUCUUAGUGUCAUGGAUCCCCGUGCAACGACAAAGAUAAGAACCGCUAAUGUUCAAGAGUCAACAUCUGGUGAUAUGGUUGAUGAUGUUACAGAAAAUGAAAUUAGAGGGCAUACUGAUGUAGUUGAAAUCUCAGACAGGAGUAAAGAGUCAUUUUCGUUGUGGUCAGAACCUGGUGAGGACAACACUUUGUCAUGCAGCAGUUUGUGGGAUGCCAGCUUUGGUGUAAUUUCUCCUCUGGAAGAGAGUGUUCUUUGUCAGGAAAAAAAUGAGCUGCAUAAGAACUUCUUUUGCCUCAAUGAUCCGAAUCCAACUAAGGUCCACUGCUCAAGAUGCUGCCCUAUUUUGCUUUUGAAGGAUGAGAACAAGAAGGGCUUGACUAUUGGUUGGUCUAUUAUACUUCCCUUAAGUUGGGUCAAGGCUUUUUGGGUUCCUCUUGUCUCUAAGGGUGCUCAUGCGAUUGGUUUGAGAGAGAAGCACUGGGUAGCAUCUGAAAUCGGCUUGCCAUAUUUUCCAUCAGAUUUUCCUGAUUGCAAUGCAUAUACAUGCUUAAAAGCAACUGAAGUUGCCGACUCUAAUCUUAAAGAGGAACUUCUCCCUCCAGCAAUAAGACUUUUGAGGAUUCCCAUUCCGCCACCAUGGGAUAGUGUCUGGUUUACUUUAAAAAGAGUUCUCAAAAUAGUUGAAGAUCCUAAAAUUUGUAGGGAACAAUCACAGGACAGUGGCAAUUUAAUAGGGGAUUCUGAGCAUGCAUGUUGUGAUGAUAGAUUACUUCUUGGUCAUGAUAGUUCAAAUGUUUUUGUAGCAAGGACAUCUUCUUCAUUGACUAAUUUCUUGAAUGAAAUCAAAUGCAAUCAUUUACUCCUAUUUCCUCAAGUAGUAAGAAAGACAUGUUUUUCUAAACUUGCGAAGGAUGAAAGCAAGCUUGGGCAGGCCAAAAUUGGGUUCUCUAAUAUUGUCUACAACAAUAAACUAUGUUUCCUAAGGGUUCUUCUUCGUGCUUACAAGGAAGGCUCUUUUGAUGAUGGAGCAGUUGUUUGUGCACCUCGUCUCACUGAUAUAACAUUGUGGACUUCGAGUCCAGAGAACAUUGAAAGACGACUUCAACUUCAACUUUCCCAGUCUGCUGUAACAUCAUACUUUAAAGAGCAGUCUUCUGGUAAGUGGGAACUCCAGAUACCAGAGUACAAUACUGUGAGUGAAUCUCAUCGGUUGCCAAUAGGCUUUGUCACAACAGGAUUUGUCAGAGGGAGCAAGAAGCUGAUGGCGGAGGCGUUCUGUGAGGCAGUCUUGCUUGCUCAUCUCAGGGAAGAGCAAUGGAGUGAUUUGCCUGCGAAGCGAAGGCGGAAAGAGAUUUAUGUUCUUGUCAGGAAUCUGCGAUCUACUACAUACAGGCUUGCUCUUGCCACUAUAGUUUUGGAACAUCAAGAAGACGAUGUGGAGUUCCUUUAGCAUAUUUUGCUUUCUUCUAGACUGUUUGAUAUAUACGCACGUAUAUGUGUGUGUGUAAGGGUAGGGAUUACAAGGCACGACCUAAUAAUUUUGACAUGAGUUACUGAUGUACAGAGGCCGAAUUCUGAAGGAGAGAGAAAGAAGUAUAAAGAAAAGUACAAA